AUGAAUACCACUGUUACAAACUUAGCGAUAUUCCGUAGCAUUGGUAGUUCGUCCUUUUUCACUGAUGCAGCAAGGAAUAUGCCAAGCAGUUUCAGUUUUAAUAAAAUACGCUUUUCGCAAACUUAUCAUUCUUUCUUCCGUGGAUCGAAUGUUAGGUAUUUCAAAAUUGCUUCUUCUUCGUUCAAUAAGUUCCACGAUGCUGUUAUUCAUAUAUCAUCUAACGAGACACUUAAUUAUACCAAUAAAGAUAUAUCUGGAAAUAAAAACUCAACCGAAACGACCUUUACUUUCAAAAAGAACUUCGUUGGAAAUGCUGGUAAAUUACUUCAAGACGCAGAAUUUCUGGAUCUUGCCGCAAAAACUGCAACCAUUCACGUAACAUUUACUGAAUGCCUUCUAGCCAACUUUUAUACUCUAAAAACUGCAGGAAUCUCCGUGAAAUCUGCUAACGACCAAGCUGUAACUUUUACAAUGGAGAAAACCAUUAUUACAAAGUUUAUCGCUAAAUUCUCGAAUGUGAUGGAACUUGCCAACAUUUUCGUCAUUGCAAACACUACCACUUUUCAGAACAACCAUUUAUUUAGUGAUGCAUGUCUCGAUGACGGAAAAACAGUUAUGUUCUUUAAUAUACACAACGGAAAGAGUGUCAAUCAUACAAUGUCUCAGAACAACAUAACUAAAUGCAAAGGUGGUCAUAUUGGAGUUGUUUAUAAUUUGGCUGACAAUUUCCCCACAUAUAAAUUCUGCGCAUUCGCCAAUAACUACCACCGCAAUAAAAUAUGUUCUGAGUUAGUAAUUCUAAAUUCUUUAUAUGAGGACAAUACAAUAUAUUCCAAAGAUGGAUGCGAAUACCAUAUUGAAAAUUGCAUUUUCGCAAAUGCAACACAAGGAAUGCAUCUCGACGAUGCUGAUUUUUACUUAUUUAACUUCGCUGGUUACAAAGUUAACUUCACUAAUUGUUAUUUCUUAAAUUGUCCGAAAGUGUUUGCUUAUUCAACGCCUUAUACUGAUCAUGGUAAUUUAAAGAUUGUCUUCAAUGACUCAUACACCGAUUCAUAUACUAAAUUUGAACUCGCCAACCCAGAUAGGAUUACGGAAACCACAUUUAAGGGUCUUCAAUUAAGUUAUAAUGGAACAGUACCAGGUUAUACAACUGCUGACAUCCCAGUCAUUGUAUCUCUCAAGAAGUUCUAUCCUAAGUUCACACAAACAUAUUCUCAAAUUAGAGAACAACUCACUAACGAUGAAGGUGAAAAGUACGUAGCUUCAAGCAAAUCUCCAGGUUCACUUGCUAUUAUUGUCGGUGUCGCUGCCCUUUUCUACUUCAUUUUCAUCAUCUACGCCAGAAAGGGCACAAAGCAAAAAUUCUUCGUCCUCGGAAACUACGGUGCCGAAGGCAAAGGCUUUGCCGACCAGGAAAGAUGCUGCGCCUCUUGCCUCGACGCAUUACCUUGUCUCAAGAAGAAGAAAGAAGACGAUGCUAGCUUGGAUAACAUCGUUUCUGAUUACUCUUCUUACGACAAUGUUGAAGCUGCUCCGAAAUCUAAGGGAGCUACGAAAUCCAAGGACGCUCCGAAAUCUAAACCGCCACCACCUCCAAAGUCAAAGUCAAGCAACAAGAGAUUCGAGUCUGCUUCUGAUUACUCGUAUUCCGGAUACUCUGAUUCUUACUCCAAGCCAAAGUCGAAAUCAGGUCCGAAAUCAAAGCCUCCGAAGUCGAAAGACGCUCCAAAGUCUAAGGAUGCACCAAAGAGCGAAAAGAAGAAGAAAUCAAGCUCUUCUUCAUCAUCAUACUCUGGUUACUCUGACUACGAUUGA